AUGUCGCCGUCUCCGAUCCCGUCGCUGCCGAAGCAUGCAUUGCGGCGCGGCGAUAACAAGGAGGAACCCAUCGACAUCACCUCCUCGCCGAUUGUGAAGCAGGAGAAAAGAGUUCUGUGUUCUGUUGAAUCCGCUCAAACGUCACCGUCAGCGCGCAAGUUCCGCAAGAAGUCAGUGGGCACUGAUGGCGACAAAGAUUUAAUUGCAAGGACGGAUUCGAAGACUUCAGCUACUACCCCCGCACCUGGCCCCGUACGUUCCCGUCGAGAACAAAACAAUGGUGAAAACGACUUUGAAGCUCGAUUUCGCAAUCUUCGCAACAAGUACAUGGGCACUGCUGGCACGAGUGAUUCGGCCAAGAACACGAGAGUGCUAGAGAGCCCGGCGGCCAAGAGCACCAUCAAGUAUGAGAUCACUCCCGAUCUCCCCGACACUGCACCUGUUGGUGGUCUCCCUGACCAGAACUUGACCGACUGUGGACGCGACCAGACACUCGCCCCAAAAAAGAAAUUGCAUUACCUAAGCGACGACUCAGACGUAGACAGCCUUUUCGACGAGAAUGCAUCCAUUGGCGGCAUGGAUGAUAAUGAGGACGAUGACGACGACGAAGAUGAUGAUGAUGGUUUCAUCACAUCGUUUUCCUCCUAUCAAAGCAGAAGAUCGAAUGUAUCGAAAAGCACCGCUGCUUCUUCUGUGGCUCCGUCCGUGGCUCCCUGCGACUACCACACCUAUUUGUCUUCUUUGCGUACCCCCGCUCCUCUAACAAAUCAUUCGCGCCUUCCCGACGAUCGGGAGUCAACACCCGAAGGCUUCGUGGGACAUCUAUUUGCCCACCAACAUAUUGCCCUGGCUUGGAUGAUCAAGAUGGAGGGCAACAACCAGUUUCGCGGCGGCAUUCUCGCAGAUGAGAUGGGCUUGGGCAAGACCCUCUCGGUACUUGCCCUGAUUGCAAGCAAACACGGCCGGGCAGCCAAAGGCACCAGACCCGGACCCACUCUUAUCAUUUGUCCGCUUUCACUGCUCCAGCAAUGGAUCACAGAGAUCAUCAAGAAGAUUGAGCAAGGUCCAGACAAACUGCGUGUUGUUGAUGCACACGACUCGAAGAACAAGAACAUGACCUUUGAACAGAUGCGUCAGUAUGACAUUGUGGUCACAACCUACGAACACAUUCGGGCCGAGAAUGAUAAGAAGAAUGGCAGACGCAAGGGCCACUCUUCGUUCUAUGUCGACAACGGAUCGUGGUUUCACAGAAUCGUCCUUGACGAAAGCCAGCGCAUCAAAAACCGGACUUCGUCCGUGUUCAAGGCUGUACAUAAUCUUCGGGCCAAAUACCGCUGGCUGCUGACCGGCACCCCAAUCCAGAACAAAAUUGAGGAGAUGUACACCUCAAUUGCGUUUCUGCGCAACGACCCCUACAAUGACUGGCACAUGUUCAAGAAGGAUUUCAGCAGCCUCCUGCACAAGAAGAGCCAGGAUGGGUACGAUCGCAUGCAAAUGGCACGCUUCAAGGGCUUUCUCGAACAGUUUGUUCUGCACCGCACCAAGGAGGAUAUCAUCGAUGGCGAAAAGAUCAUCGACCUGCCCCCGAAAACGGUGAACAAGGUCUUUGUUGAACUGAGCGAGGCCGAGCGUGAUUUCUACAAGGAUCUCGAGCAAGACGUGCAGACAAAGUUUCGCGAUCUGGUGACCGAGGGCCUCAACAGACAGGGCCACGCCCGUGCCUUGACAUGGUCUCUUCGCCUGCGCCUGGCUUGCUGCCACCCGCUCCUCAUUGCCAACACCGCCGAUCUGAACAGCAUGGACAUGGAUCCGGAGCUGGCGGCAAAGUGUAAUCUCGAGAACGGUCUCGAUCUUAAGCGUCUGCGCGAUGCUGUCACCAGCCACAUUGGUCGCCGACGCUACAUGGACCACCUCUCGAUCGUUUGGCAGGACUCUGCCAAGAUCAACACCCUGAUGACCUUGGUGAACUCGCUCAACGAGGAAGGCCACAAGACUCUAGUCUUUUCCCAGUGGACCGGCCUUCUCGACCUGGCCGAGUGGAAGAUGACGCAGAGCGGCAUUUCCUUUGCGCGCUUCGACGGCUCAAUGACGAUGGUGGCGCGCGACCAGGCCAUUGCCAAGCUCCAAGACGAUGACAACUGCAAAGUCAUGCUCAUCUCUCUCCGCGCAGGCAACGCCGGCCUCAACCUCGUCAUGGCUUCGCGCGUCAUUCUGCUCGACCCGGACUGGAACCCCUACAUUGAGGACCAGGCCAUUGGUCGCGUGCACCGCAUCGGACAGACCAAGCCCGUGGUCGUGUACCGUCUGCUGGCCAAGGACACCAUUGAGGACCGCGUGCUGACGCUCCAGCGCAAGAAACGCGCACAGAUCAGCGAUGCCAUGGGCGAUGUCAACAUUGACAGUGAGGAUCCCGACGUCGAUGAGCACGGCUUAGGUGUUUCGAGCGGCAACUUGGCUUUCCUGAUUGGAGGUAGUGGUUGA